GGUAAGUAAAGCUUCGACAGGGACCUGGUACGGGUCACUAGCCAUGUGGCGCUGCGGCCGAAGGGUUCCUUGCUUCCUGAGGCGGCUGAGUGGCGGUGCCGGCCCCCGAGCGUGGAGGAGGACGGGCACCAGCGCUUGUGAGAGAGCUCGGCAGCACGAGGUGGGAGAGCGGAUCCACGGGUUCACCGUAAGCCAGGUAACGGCCAUCCCUGAACUGUCCCUGACCGCAGUGAAGCUCAGCCAUGACAGCACAGGAGCAGAAUACUUGCACUUGGCCAGAGAAGACACCAACAACUUGUUCAGCGUGCAGUUCCGCACCACGCCCAUGGACAGCACCGGCGUCCCACACGUGCUGGAGCACACCGUCUUGUGCGGCUCUCGCAAAUACCCGUGCAGAGAUCCCUUCUUCAAGAUGCUCAAUCGCUCGCUGUCCACGUUCAUGAACGCUUUCACAGCUAGCGACUAUACUCUGUACCCAUUUUCUACACAAAAUCCCAAGGACUUCCAGAAUCUCCUAUCUGUGUAUUUGGAUGCAGCCUUUUUCCCAUGCUUGCGGGAACUAGAUUUCUGGCAGGAAGGAUGGCGACUAGAACAUGAGAAUCCGAAGGACCCCCAGACACCCUUGACCUUUAAAGGAGUCGUCUUUAAUGAAAUGAAGGGAGUAUUUACAGACAACGAGAAGAUAUUCUCGCAGCACCUUCAGAACCGACUCCUGCCUGACCACACGUACUCGGUGAUCUCCGGGGGCCAUCCGUUGUGCAUCCCAGACCUCACGUGGGAGCAGCUUAAACAGUUCCAUGCUACCCAUUACCACCCCAGUAAUGCUAGGUUCUUCACUUAUGGCAAUUUUCCAUUAGAACAGCAUCUGAAACAAAUUCACGAAGAAGCCCUGAGUAAAUUUGAGAAAAUUGAGCCAAACACUGCAGUGCCGGCUCAGAAGCCUUGGGAUAAGCCAAGAGAAUUCCAUAUAACAUGUGGCCCGGACUCACUGGCUGCAGGUUCCUCUAAAACAACCGUUGGGGUCAGCUUCCUCUUACCAGACAUCACUGAUACGUUUGAAGCCUUCACAUUAAACCUUCUGUCUUCACUCUUGAUCAGUGGACCCAACUCCCCCUUCUACAAAGCCUUAAUUGAAUCUGGACUUGGCACAGAUUUUUCUCCUGAUGUUGGAUACAACGGCUACACACGGGAGGCCUACUUCAGUGUGGGCCUGCAGGGGAUCGCGGAGCAGGACACCCAUGCCGUUCGGGACAUCAUUGACAGGACAAUCGAGGAAGUCAUCGAUGUCCUCACACUCUCCUCAUAA